AUGGUUGUCAUCAAAGUAAAACAAGUUGCUGAACAGAAAACAUCGAACGAUCCCACACGCUUCUUUUCACUUUCAGCAAUAAGGACCAUUUUCUUUUUAAUUUACCUAGUCGAGGAUACUGCAGUGAGCAGAAACAUACUGCAGUCAGCAGUAGCAUACUGCACUGAGCAGCAACAUACUGCAAUCAGCAGCAACAUACUGCAGUCAGCAACAUCAGCUGACUCGUUCUACCUUUUCUGGUUCUUAUACUCUCUAAUUCAGUCUAAGUCAAAUGGUGGCUUUUUCACUGGAUUAUUAUUGAUGAUGGGUAUUGGGAUACAUCAGCUUAAGAGAUGGGAGAACCAGAAACCUUUUCCUAAGGAUGAUAGGGAGACCACUAUAGAAUGGUUAGACAAAUUGUUAUGGGAUGAUCAUGAUAUUAUAAAUAUCAUGGUUUUGGCGGGAAAGUUAGUUGCAAAAAGCAAACGCUGCCACACUCUCUCAAAUUCUGUAAUCAGUUACCUAGACCUGGCUCCUACUGCUACAAGGAAGCGAGCAGCCAUGGAAGAACAAUUUAGGAAUCUGGAAAAGAGAUUGGAAGAACAAAAUUCCAAACUCGAAGAUCAGAACAAGAGGAUGGAUGAAAAGUUUGAUGAGCUGAUGAAGUUCAUGCAAGCUUUCAAAGAUUCUGGAAAUAGUAAUGAAGACACUUCUGCAAACAGUCACAGAUCUCACCAAACCAGAUCACUAGGUAUGAAUCCUAAGCUGAAUUUCCCUAAAUUCGAUGGCACUAAUCCUAGAAAUUGGAAAGUGGAUUUGGCUUCAUUGAAUGUGAUUGAUAAGGCUGAAGGAUGGAUGAUGAACUAUUUGUCUGUUAGGAAAAGCAUGAUAGUUGACUGGAAUGAUUUUGUAGCUGAUCUGUAUGCUAGAUUUAGAGAUGAUUCUGCGCAUAAUGUGGUAGAAAAUUUUAACAAAUUACAGCAGACUGGCUCAUUAGAAGAGUAUAUUGAUGAAUUUGAGAAUUUGAGGUCCAUUAUGAUGAUGAACAACCAUAUUUUGCCUGAUGCUUACAUGCUUGAGAGUUUUAUUGGUGGACUCAAACCCACAGUCAAACCCUUUGUGAAAGCCCUCAGACCUGGUACAAUUGCAGAUGCUAUAGACAUAGCUAGAUUACAGGAGGAGAAUCUGACAGCAAUGGGUCACAAACCUACCUACAAACAACCUUAUUACAGCCCUAAACCCUUACAAUCCAUUCCACUCAUCCCUAGCAGCAAACCACCCUUGUUACCUACUCCCACAAAUAAGCCAAACACAACCUUAACUCUUACCAAAUACACCCAUCAGAAACCCAAAAACUUCAAAUAUAUCCCUGCUGAUGUGAGACAAGAGAAAAUUGCAAAGGGAUUGUGCUAUUACUGUGAUGCUCCUUAUGAUAGGAAUCACAAGUGCCAAUUCAAAGAACCACAAUUAUUCACUGUUGAGAUUGUGGGAGAUGAAGUUGAGGAGGUUAGUGAGGAUGAUGAUGGAGAUAUGGGAGAAACUGACAUCACUGAACCAUUAAUUUCCAUGAGUGCUCUUUCUGGAAGUCAAGGGUUUAGCACUAUGAGAGUUAGGGGUAUGGUACAGGGCAAACCAAUUCAGAUAUUGGUAGAUUCUGGUAGCACACAUAACUUUGUGGAUCUUAGCAUAGCUCAGAAAUUGGGUUGCAAAGUGGAAACUAUCCCACCUCAAGCAAUUACAGUAGCUGAUGGGAACCAUCUAGCUUGCCAACACAUUUACAAAGGUUUCACAUGGACUAUGCAGGGCAUCAGUUUUGAAGCAGAUGUUUUACUGAUUCCUUUAGGCAGUUGUGAUAUGGUGUUGGGAGUUCAAUGGCUUAGUUUAUUGGGACCUAUCUCUUGGGAUUUCAUGCAGCUUCACAUGGAGUUUUGCUUUAAUGGCAAAACUGUUCUCCUUAAGGGCAUCCCAAGCAAGAAACUGAAAGUUAUUGAAGGAGAGCCAUCUUCCAAGGUAUUUUCUACAGCUGUUCAGUUGUGUUUAAUUCAAGUACAAGAUCAGUCUAGUAAUGGUUCAGUAGCUCCUAAUCCACAAGUUUUGGUUGCUGAAGAAUUAAAAGAAUUACAGCUUACUUACCACAUGGUAUUUGAGGAUCCAGUGAAAUUACCUCCUUUAAGGGGAGUGUUUGAUCACCCAAUUCCCUUGUUACCAGAUGCAACACCUGUGAACAUAAGACCUUAUAGAUAUCCUUUGAAACAAAGGGAUAUUAUUGAACAACUGGUGCAAGAGAUGCUGGAUAGAGGCAUAAUUCAAACUAGUGCUUCUCCCUUUGCUUCUCCUGUAGUCUUAGUUGGAAAGAAAGAUGGCACAUGGAGAUUGUGUGUGGACUACAGGGAGUUGAACAAUAGAACUGUCAAAAACAAGUUCCCUAUUCCAGUUAUUGAUGAACUGUUGGAUGAACUUUCUGGUGCAGCUGUGUUUUCCAAAUUAGAUCUUAGAUCUGGUUAUCAUCAGAUGAGAGUUCACCCACCUGAUGUAUACAAAACAGCUUUUAAAACACACACUGGUCAUUAUGAAUUCUUAGUUAUGCCAUUUGGCUUGACUAAUGCACCUGCUAGUUUUCAGAACUGGAUGAAUCAGGUUUUUAAGCCUCUCUUAAGGAAAUGUGUGUUAGUCUUUUUUGAUGACAUCUUGGUGUAUAGCAAAACUGUGGAAGAACAUUGGACUCACUUAGCCUUAGUGUUUGAAUUAAUGAAGUCUAACCACAUGUUUGCCAAGCUGAGCAAGUGUGUGUUUGCUACAGACAAGGUGGAGUAUUUGGGACAUUAUAUUUCAGCUGCUGGAGUUCAAACUGAUCCAAAUAAGGUGAAUGCUGUCCAAAGUUGGCCUGUUCCCACUACAGUCAAAGACCUAAGAGGGUUUCUAGGAUUAGCAGGAUACUACAGGAAGUUUGUCAAAAACUAUGCAUCUAUCAGCAAACCAUUAACUGAUCUUCUCAAAAAGAACAAUUUCUCUUGGAAUGAUCAUGCUCAGUUGGCAUUUGAACAUCUCAAAACUGCUUUGGUAACAGCUCCAGUUCUGGCUGUUCCAAACUUUGACAAACAAUUUGUGGUGGAAACUGAUGCAUCUAAGAAGGGCAUUGGUGCUGUAUUAAUGCAGGAGGGUCACCCUUUGGCUUUCAUCAGCAGAUCAUUAGGACCAAAAUGGCAACAAUUGUCUGUUUAUGAGAAGGAAUUGUUAGCCAUUGUCUUUGCAGUCCAAAAGUGGGAACAAUAUCUUUUGGGGAGCCACUUUCUCAUUAAGACUGAUCAAAAAAGUCUGAAAUGGUUGUUACAACAGAAAAUUUCCACUCCCUUUCAACAAUUUUGGCUUUCUAAGUUAAUGGGUUUUGACUAUGAAAUCCAGUACAAAAGUGGCAAGGAAAAUGUGGCUGCUGAUGCACUUUCUAGAGUCAAUGGUACUGAGAUUUUGCUGAUGGCAAUUUCUGUUCUGGAUUCCAACCUUUCAGCAUUAAUUGUGGCUAGUUAUCAUCUGGAUACUGCCCUGCAUGAUACAUAUUUGGCUCUUUCUGGUGGACAAUUGGUAGAUGGGUUUGUGUUACAGAAUGGUCUCCUCAAAAAGAAGAAUAGAAUAGUGGUUGGCCCUGAUCCAGUUCUUAGAAAGAAGAUUAUUGAGUGGCAACAUGCUGCACCUGAAAGUGGUCAUGUCUUCUAA